AUGGUCCAGGAGCUGAUUGUGUCGACUGCCUCCAAAGUUGAAAGAAUGAAAAUGAAGUCUCUCUGCUCGCGAAACCGCCUUGAAUCUGUCGCCAGAAAGAGAGCGGAACAACGAGAACUACUGGAAUCUGAAGUUCUUGAAGCUCGAAUUGAAUGCGAAAGGCACACGGACCAAAAACUGCGUCUCUGCGUGCAUAAUGAGGCCUGGCCUCAGCAACCUGGGCAUCAUUUGUUUUUCAAACGAGGCAGAGGUGGGUGGGGAGGGGGUGUUGCGAAGGGGAAAACGUGGGCAACGAAAGCAGAUGCACAAGCCGGCAGUCUCGUCCAUGAGCCACGUGACCGUGCACCGCUGGUCCGAGGUUCGAGUCCUGCGGAGAUUGCUGCCCUUCUGAUGGAGUCUGGACUCCGGGUGCAGCUUCAGUCGCUGGAGCGGGUGGAGGCGGAGCAGAAGGAAUUCAUACACAACUUCUUGAUGGAUCGAUAG